AUGGACCCCAAGGAAAUCGAACAGUAUUAUCGCGACAUACCAGUACCGAAGGAAUCAGAAGUCAACAUGUCCUCCCUACCAACUCGUCCUCCCCCUCCUCCGCCCAUCUCGCUCUCCGUUUCCCCAUCUUUUCCAGGUACUCCAAAGAGAGAGGUGUCGCCCGUAUCAACAACAAGAAGAAGUGAGGACGACGUGGAUGAAUGGGAUGCCUACGAUGAUCCUCAAGACGAGACCUUGAACGAGGCCGCAACGCCAUCAAGAACCGAUAGCCCCUCUAGGUUCCCCAGUUUCUCCUCGACAAAUCUUCCAGCGCCAGAGACACGCAUGGUAGUUGCCCUCGACUAUGGAACGACCUUUACCGGGGUUGCCUAUCUCUCCGUCGCUUCAAGACAAAGGGACCAGGACCUUGAUGCGCUUGCUGACGACAUACGGGUACUCCAAGGAUGGCCAACACACGAAUCCGAGAAAGUCCCUUCGGAGAUUUCGUACUCACCUUCGCCAAAGGGAUGCAGGCAAUGGGGGUAUGACAUCGAUGACAACUCCCGAGUCCUCAAGUGGACCAAGCUCGAGCUGGAAGACACACGGAAUCGAAGUGCCGAGCUAAAGACAUUGGCUGAGACGCUUUUGGGCCUGCAACUGCUCGACUUGAGCGAAGAUGCUGUCAUCAAGAACGAUAUUCCACGACACUUGGCCAAGGAACCAGAGGAUAUUGUCAAAGAUUAUCUCGACGAAAUUGCUGAGCAGACCCUUGAAGAGAUUCAAACCCAGGUUGGAAGGAGGGUUGCCGACAAUAUUCCCAUCGACAUGGUCAUCACACAUCCUGCUAAAUGGUCCGAUAAAGCCCUGAACUCAACAUACCGUGCUGUCCGCGCCGCCUUCAAGGCCGACCUCUUCCCCAAAAUCCGCAACUUCUCCUUCGUCUCCGAACCCGAAGCAUGCGCCCACUACACCUUACGAGAAGCCAUGCGUGAAGAGCGUGUAAACUUUCGAAGAAAUGACUGCUUCAUCGUCGUCGAUGCUGGUGGCGGUACUGUUGAUUUGGCCUCAUAUAAAGUCGUUUCACUCGAUCUCGACAAGAAACAAUUCAAGCUCGAACAAAUCGGCUACCCACUAGGCGACAACUGCGGCGCCACUUGUAUCGACCGAGCAUUCGAGCGGUUUAUCGAACAUAAGCUGGGGCAGGAGGACUGGGACAAGCUGAUGGAGACUGAUUCACAAGACCAAGCGACGGGAGGACACUCGAUUAUCAAACCAAAGCUGCGCAUGCUACAUGGGAGGUUUGAGGGCAUCAAGCAUCAGUUCGACGGCAAGGAUCAGAAGCUCGGGUUUCCCAUUCAGUUGCCACGAGGAAUCGGUACGACAGACGAUGACGAACGGGGAAUUAUGAAUGGUGCUAUCAAGAUUACCGUUGACGACCUAAAAGCCAUGUUCAAACAUUCAGUCGACAAAACCCUCGUUCUCAUCGGAAAAGCAGCCACACAGAUCCAGAUUGCCCAAAAGCUCAGAAUCCGCAAAAUCUUUCUCUCCGGCGGCUUCGGCCGCUCCCCGUACCUUUACGAGCGCGUCAAAGCCUGGGGCAUGACCAUGGGCAUCCAAGUCGACCGCGGCGAUGACUGCUGGUCCGCCGUCACGCGGGGCGCCAUCAUCAAGUCCCUCGGGGUACACACCUCGUUGCCCCCCAUAAUCCGCCCUUGUCCACGGCACUACGGCAUCAAAGUCCGCACACAAUACGCCCCGUAUAACUCCCAUCGACCGUCGGAUAUCGAUGUGGAUGUGGAAGGCGUCAAGUGGGCGACGGACCAGAUUCGGUGGUUCAUCAACAAGGGAGAUGCUCUGCUCCCCGGGAAACCUAUGGUAUCGACGUACGAUUGCCAUUGGAGCAUGAAGGCUUCGCACUUUCCUUCGCCGAAUGCAGCGAACGGGAGGGUUCAGUCACAGAGUCUGGGGUCGAUGUCGCAGCGGUUCGAUAAGCGUGGUGGUGGUGGUGGUAGUGCUAGCAUUCCGCCACCACCACCGGCGGAGGUCUUUAGAGAGGUGGUGUUUGUUGCGUCGAGUGCGGAGGAGCCGCCAACGAGGUUUGCUGCUGUCAAUAAAGCCCAAGACACCGUGGUUACGCUCAAGUGCAACUUGACCAAAGUCCCAGAGUCGCAUAGAAGCGAGUUCACAAAUAAGGAGGUCGGAAAGUUUUACAAGUUCUGGGUGAAAGUAGAGAUACACGUUACGGAGAAGUGCGAGGUCAAGAUCACGAGUGACGGAAAGGUGUUGGCGAGCGCCGAGGUGCCGCUGGGGGAAUCUGACUAG